AUGGAGGCGAAGGCGGCGAAGGCGGAGUCGGCGGCCGGCGGGGCGCCGGUGCCCCGCGCGCUCUACUUCUGCGGGAGCAUCCGGGGCGGCCGCGGGGACGAGGAGCGGGCGCUGUACGCGCGGAUCGUGGCGCGGCUGCGGCGCUUCGGGGCGGUGCUCACCGAGCACGUGGCGGACGCGGGGCUGAGCGCGCGCGGGGAAGCCGCUGCCGCCGGCGACCGGGCCAUCCACGAGCGCGACCUGGCCUGGCUGCGGCGGGCCGACGUGGUGGUGGCCGAGGUGACCCGGCCUUCCCUGGGCGUGGGCUACGAGCUGGGCCGGGCCGUGGCCCUCGACAAGCAGGUCCUGUGCCUGUUCCGCCCGCAGUCUGGCCGAGUGCUGUCAGCCAUGAUCCGGGGCGCGGCAGACGGCGCUCGCUUCCAGGUGUGGGACUACGAAGAGGGCGAGGUAGAGGCCCUGCUGGACCAGUACUUCGGGGCCCACCCUCCCGAGCACGAGCACGCAGCUGCUGAGCCUGAGCCACGCCCCAUGAAAAAGCCGGUUUUGGAGCCGGAGCUACAGUAG